AACGAACCCAUAAAAAUAAACGAUAUAAUAAGAUCUUGAAUCUGUGCCGUUAAAUUGGUCUGCUAGAUUCAACGUGUCUAUCGGGUCAACGCCAGCUCUCUUUAGCUCCGACCCUUCUCAACAAACCUUGUCUCUAAUUUCACUGUUCCAUCAUCCUUCCACGAGAUCGCGAGAACGAUUCCACAAGUCGGUCUCUCUGUCAGAUUCAAAGCUUGUUCUGAUUAGUCUCCGGUGAUCUAGCCUAACUGCGAUCCCUGCAUUUUCAGGCAUAAACUGGGAGACUUUCUGUUACAAAACUUUCCAAGCGAAAAACAAAAAACAAGGCAAUGAUGCAGCAGGAAGAUCGAAUUGGAGGAGAUGAGUCAGAUGUAGAGUCUUUAACAAGCGCUUCUCUUAGAGACGCUCAUAGAUUCAGGGCUCAGUUUUCAGGUAUGGUGAGGCAAAGAGCAUACAUAUUCGACGGUGAUGGGAAAUACUACAACAAAGAAUGGGAUCUCAAAGAAGGAACUGGUAAAGAGUUUUGUUGGUAUCAUAUUGAGUUACCAAAAGGAAACCAGAAGCUCUCUCAAUCUGCACAGCAUCUUAUAGAUGCUCUUUGUCCUCCCUUGAAGCUGCAAGACAUUCUUUCUCUUGUUAGUAACGGACCCUUUUGCGGACAUGUUGAUGGAGCGCUUGUGUUUAGAGUUAACUCACCUGGUCCUGCUUCUAGCAGCUUUACCUUCAAGAUUGCUGCUAGGAUCACUGCCAACUCUGUCAUUACUGUGUCUUUGGGACGUGUUCCUAGGCUAGGAUUCUCUCCUAUGGGUCAGUCGCUUCUCUCGGAGGUCCCUAGUGUGGAUUCUCCAUCGUACUAUCAUGGCGAGCCCAAGGAAAGAAGCGGGAUUGUGAUUGAGGAGCAUGUUCUUGAGUUCUUGCUGACCAUGAAUCACUCUGAGGAAGCUGAUAACCCUGUACCGAGCUCUGUCUCCAACCUUGUUGUUCAUAUUAUUGAUACCCAUGUUGAUCAGCUUCAAGAUGUUGUCACUAAACUUGAGAUCGAAUUAGAUGCGGUGGAACUCGAGAUGGAUAGAGGUGGAUUUGCUAUGAAGAAACAGAUGUUGGAUGAUAGAAGGUUUCCCAAAUUGCAUCUCAACUUGCAGCGCCUUUUGCAGGUGAUUGCACAUGGAGAACAAGUGUUUCCAAGAGUGAAGGAAAAAUGUUCAACGAAGCCUUGGUUUCUAGCAGAAGAUAUCAACUCUUUGGAGGAGUUGAUUGGGAGGUUAAGACGUUUAAAAGAGAAUGUAGGCUUCAUUGCGAACCGUGUGACUGCAAUCCAAGCUGGUUUGGAUAGUUGGCAAGCCGAACAAAUUAAUCGAAAGCUCUAUUACCUCUCCUUUCUUUCCAUCAUAUUCCUUCCUCUAUCAAUCAUCACCGGAGUUUUUGGGAUGAACGUUGGAGGAGUUCCUUGGACGGGACAGAACAAACCGGAGCUAGCUGAUGGAUUUAGAAAUGUGAUGUACAUAUGUCUUAUAAUGCUGGUUGUAGUGUUGUCCUGCUUUGGUUUCCCAGCGUUAUAUAGUCGGAUAGCUUCUUGGUGGAGAAUGAGAGCUAUGAAUAGAAGUUGGUCUCUUAACAGAAGAUCUUUCCAGAAGAGACCAAACAUAGUUCAAGAAAGAAGAGGCUACCUUAGGCUCUAAUACCAAAACGAGUUCAAGGACUUGUUGAAAUCUUUUAUUUGCGUUUCUUUCACGUUUCUUCUCCAUUUGCAAACACAUACCGUCUUCUCAUCAUCUUCAUGUCUACUUUGUAAUUCUUACACAACUUUUUGUUUUGUUUCACAAUGUUCCGCUGUUUAGAUCUUGAGUUUAAAAAAAAAACUAGAAUGUACAGCUACUAUUCUUUAUACAGAAUUCUUG